GAUCAAUCAAUUAGUUGACAAAUUUGAUAUUCUGGAUAUUAAGAUGAUACAAAACUUUCAGGUAAGAGAGGGCAGUAUAAUAGUAACUUAUGAAUUGGUGAUGAUAGAUGGUGCUGAUGUUUCUCUUGUUGACAUGGCCCAGUUAAUGGAAAGUGAGAUUAAAUCAGGUAACUUGAAGUUGUCUUACAAAAAUCAUGAUUUGCCACUUGACCUUGAGUCAGUAGAGUUUGAUAUGCAGCGUGCAGAUUCAACUAAGGGUGGUAAAUCAAAUAAUACUACUGUCAUCGCAUGUGUCGCUGUGUUAUUGGUUCUAUGUGCAGUGGCAGCUGUGGUUGGAGUUUUGGUUUACAGACGGCAAUGUAGACCUGGUGGUUCAUCUGGUGCAAAAUAUGUUCGAAGCUUAAAUGGACCUGAGGUGUCUUUCUCAAAUGAUUCCUACGAUGUCCCAGGUGGUGCAUCCCAAAUAUAAAUCAGGAUAUUCCCAUGAAGCAUCCAUAUGAUUCACUAUUCCGUCUUAUUAUGUUUCCUAUGAAAGUUGAUACUCGUCCUUUGUGGCUGAAAGUAAGAUGUGUGAUGAUGUGUUUCAGUUAAAUUUUGACAAAAAGUACUUGGUUGUCAAAUUAAUGUUUAAUAUGUUCAAUCUACUCCAGGAGAUGAACACCAAGGUUGGUGUUUUGAGUUGUUUUACACUGGCAGUGGACACCUAUUGAAAACAAAGUUCGUCAAAGCAUUGUUACAAGUCAUCAGCACUUAAUAUCCACUUUAUGUCCAUUAAUGUAGAUUAAUGAACUUUCAUUAUUAUCAUUUUACAAUGUCUUCAACAUUCAAGACUUACAUUGAAACCAAUACAAGUGCCUUUAUUUACAUGUAAAAGAAUAUAGUUUUUUUUCCCUUUGGUGUUUUUAGACUUGUACAUGUUGUAUAAUAGUAUAGGACAAUUGUAUAUGACAAGACGUACAUUUAAUAACAGGUAAUUAUUAUGUUCCAAAUAAAUGUUAUGCCAUUCAGCUAAUUGAUAUUCAUGGGUACAGUUACCCCUGGUAUAUCUGAUUUACCAUGGCGACAUUUGUAGUCAUUUGAACAAUUGAUUACAAAAACAAUGUUACAUAGGGAUCUAUAACAUGUAUGUACUCGGUAAUUGUAUUCAUCCACCUGACACACCAAGCACUAGCACAAUCUAUAUCCAAUAUAUAAACCUUUCCAUGUCUUGUCUUUUUAUAUUAAUAGAAUUUUUUGCAAUUUGUCAAAACAUUUACAUUGUGGGUACGCAACCAUUUUGUCUUUUUUGAUAGAUUUGUAUGUAAUUAAAUUGAUUUGAAUCAUGUCUAUUAUGUAUGACUAUUUUGGUCUAAAAUUAACAAAUACAUUUUUGUGAAAUUCAUAAAAUGCAUAUAUAUAUCACCAAAAGUUGGUGGAAAAACUAAUGAUAUUCAAAGUUUAAAACAGAAAUGUGAUGGAUUAUUGAGGUAAGGUUGGAAGAUCUGUUC